AUGACUCGUGAAUAUUCAAAUCUGGAAAAAGAGAUGAAGAUACAGAUAAAGAGAAAAGUGAAGAGUGAUCCACAUGCCUACCAACUGUUCGAGCGUAAGCAAUAUGACAGGGCUAAUGUCAACACAAUGUUCUUCCUGGAUCUUUCAUACAAUCAACUGACUGGGGCUAUACCAGAGAGCUUAGGGAAGUUGACUUUCGCCAGUUAUAUUCGUCUGCAUGUCAACUUUCUCACCGGCUCUAUACCAGCAACUUUGGGUGCGUUGACUUAUCUCCAGUCACUGCGUUUGCGUGGCAAUGGAAUAUCUGGUACUCUCCCAGAGACACUUGGAAAUUUGACAAACCUUGAAUACCUCUUUGUCGGAUCCAACAGUAUCAAUGGGAAAUUACCAGAAAGUUUUGCCAACCUUGCGAGUCUGAGCGUAUUUGAUGUAACUGGUAACUAUUUGUCUGGCCAUUUACCUGACUUCAUAACCAACUGGACUUCAAUCGAUAAGCUUUUGCUCAACGGAAACAAUUUCCACGGAAAGAUACCUGCUGGGAUUUUUAAUUUAUCAGAUCUAAAAACGUUGGCAAUAAGUGAUGUAGGAGACUCUCAUUUCCAGUUCCCACCAUCUACAAAUGUGACGAGCUUAUAUACUUUGAUACUUAGAAACUGCUCAAUCACUGGUCAACUUCCUUCUUACAUAGGAAAUAUGUCAUCGUUAGCGAACCUGUAA